CUCGUGUAGCUUUCGCCUUUUUAAUUCUCCAUUUUUGGAAUCGAAUGCGUGGCUUUUUCUAAAACUCCGUAAAUUUAUCCUUGGGUUUUAAAAGAAUUUCAAAGAUAAUCCGCAUAUAUAUAUUAUCAAAUAUAUUUAUUUUUUGCUAUUGUAGGGUAAGUUUAAUUCGUUUUUUGGUAUUUGUAUGAUUUUAGCUACUUUUGUAUAUAUACAUUUAUGGCAGGCAGCACUGUCACUUUUAAUUGUUGAAAAAUAAUGCAAAGCAAAAGUACCGUUGUUUUCUAAUGUCAAAAAAUUUUCAUCAAUGAGAGUAGUUUCGGCGUAAAACCGCGUUGGAUAGAAGUUUUAAUGCGCAGUUUAAUCACGAAUUUAGUAAAAAUUAUUUUUAUUUUGUGGUAUGGAAUUCUAUUGCGAAUACUAUAGGAGCAGCGUUGCGUACAAAGCUGCAAUUUCAAUGCCGAUUAUAUUGCAAAAUGGCCGGAGAGUUUUUGGUCCUCGAAAGAUUGCCAAUGCAGCUAUACCCACUCAUAGAUGUGAAUUAUAUGUGGCUCGUAUCCCAUCGCAGCUUGAUGAAUUGGGUUUUCUCGUUUGGCUGCAUCGUAUUGGUCAAGUAUACGAAUUUCGUUUAAUGAUGAAUAGCUGUAUUUCGAGCAGGGGAUACGCGUAUAUACGUUUUACUAAAGAGCGCGAAGCAUUAGCCGGACUAGAAAUGUUGAAACAUCUCUUCAUCAAUGGGGAACGUUUACAAGUUUCGCCAUCCGAGGGGAAAAAUAGAUUGUUUUUAAGCUGCAUUCCGCGACACAUUCCCAUAAGUCUAUUGGAAGAAAGCUUGAAAUUAUAUUUCCCUAAAAUGCAUCGCUUUGCUGCUUAUCGUCCAAUGAAGGAAGAGAUGCAGGGAAUAGGCCAAGAGAAAUUUUUAAAUAGAGGUUUUGCGUUUGUUGAAUUUGCUGAUCAUGAAGAUGCCCUAGAGGCUAAAAAAAGAUUCACGCCCUGUAGAGUGCGUAUGUGGGGUGCAGACUUAAAAGUGCAAUGGGCGAAACCCAAAGAGGAGAAAUCUCGUGGUCCGAUGGCUUAUAGAGACUUUUCUACGAAUAAUAACGUGAAGGAUGACUGCAGCCGAUUACGUCUAUAUUGUUUGGCUAACAAUUGGUCCAUACCAGUGAUAUUGUAUGGUCGUAGCUUUCGUUCACGAAAUUUACAAUAUGGGGGCAUUCUUAUAAAGAAUAUCUUUUCGGGUCUUCAUUCAAUUAUUAUUGUGGAAAUCAAUGUUACUUCCAUGUCGGAUAUUCACUUGCUGUUGUGUGAGUUAGCCGUUCAAAUGAUUGAACGUCACUCUGCCAUACCACCGUAUAGUUAUAUUAUUCGCGCAUGCAGCAACACAAAGGCUGAGUUAGUACAUUUACUUGAACAAAAUGACGAUCUAUAUCGAGCUAAUCUCGAAGCUAAAUUUUUCAGCUUCACAGCGAUACGAGAACUUUUAGUAGCCUUACAAUUGAUAGCUGCGCAUAAUUCUAAAAUAGUAUUGAACAUGUACAAACGUGCUUUCCUUACUCACAAUCCGGUGGCUACUUUUUGUUUAGACUCAAACCAUCCACUGGGACAAUUUUAUGCUAUUUUGCCAAAAUUUCGUAAUAAUUCUAAAUUGAAUAAUGAUUUCAAUGAUAUGGAAAUAAAUUUAUUAUUAAAAGUAAAAGAAGAUGUCAACACCACCGAUAGUGUAAUCGAGAUAAAGACAAUCAAUGAAAUUUGUGUGAAACGAGCGAUAUUUAAAGCAGAAAAUCUUUUCUUAAAAUCGCAGAAAAUUCCAAAAAUUAAAUAUCUGCGUUAUGUGGAUAUUGAGGCAUUAAUAUCUAAGGAAUGUUACGAUACUCAGCAAUAUAUAAAUUCAAACCCAGUUUGGAUAGCUGGCCAGACCUAUCAAGAUGCUAUUUAUAACUAAUGUGUACGGCUGUUUUAGCAUUUCUUUUAUUACUUUUACCUGUAGAGUUAGAGGCUGGGCAUAUUUUUUUUUUAUGAUCAUGACUUGAGAU